CCGAUUAUCGAUGUUCAAAUAGUUCUCUAGUAACCAAGACAGGAUCUGGUGUGCGCGAAGGAGAGGGGUGAAUCACAGAAGAAAAGAGAAAGGAUGGUUGGCUUUAUUGGAAGAAAAGCAAGUUGGGUUUCCUCCAAUUUGUUUGGAAGAACAGGGAUAAGGGGUUUGUGUUUGGGAGUCCUUCCUAGUCCUAAUGGAGGGGCCAUGGAUGACUUGAUUGCCACUCUCCAAUCUCAUGUCCAAAAGGUUCUUGCUGGUGGAGGACCUGAGGCAGUGAAAAGAAACAGGAAUAGGAAUAAGCUUCUCCCCAGAGAAAGAAUCGAUCGCCUUCUUGAUCCUGGUUCUUCCUUCCUCGAGCUUUCACAGCUUGCAGGACAUGAUUUGUAUGAAGAUCCUUUGCCUUCUGGUGGGAUUGUUACUGGGAUAGGUCCAGUUCAUGGGAGACUUUGUAUGUUUGUGGCUAAUGAUCCCACUGUUAAGGGAGGGACUUAUUAUCCUAUUACUGUUAAGAAACAUCUCAGGGCACAGGAGAUUGCUGCUCAGUGCAAAUUGCCAUGUAUAUAUCUUGUUGAUAGUGGAGGGGCUUUCCUUCCCAAGCAGGCUGAAGUAUUUCCAGACAGAGAAAACUUUGGUAGAAUAUUCUAUAAUCAGGCUAUUAUGUCUGCUCAAAGAAUUCCACAAAUCGCAUUGGUAUUAGGUUCUUGCACUGCUGGCGGUGCCUACAUACCUGCCAUGGCUGAUGAAAGUGUGAUGGUCAAGGGAAAUGGAACCAUUUUUUUAGCAGGGCCCCCACUUGUUAAGGCUGCCACUGGAGAAGAAGUCUCUGCAGAGGAUCUGGGAGGUGCUACUGUGCACUGCCAGACAUCAGGUGUUUCAGACUAUUUUGCUCAAGAUGAACUCCAUGGGCUUGCACUUGGGAGGAGCAUCAUUAAGAAUUUGCAUAUGGCUGCGAAAGAUGUGUUGGCAAAUGGAUUGCAAAAUAUAAAUUAUGAAUAUAAAGAGCCACUAUAUGAUGUCAAUGAACUUCGUUCUAUUGCUCCUACUGAUCUUAAGCAGCAGUUUGAUAUCCGAUCAGUUAUUGAUCGCAUUGUUGACGGAAGUGAAUUUGAUGAAUUCAAGAAAUUGUAUGGCACUACUCUUGUAACAGGAUUUGCGAAAAUUUUCGGACAGUCAGUUGGAAUUAUUGGAAACAAUGGGAUUUUAUUCAAUGAAUCUGCUCUGAAAGGGGCCCAUUUCAUUGAAAUAUGUACUCAACGUAACAUUCCCUUGGUCUUCCUUCAGAACAUCACUGGAUUCAUGGUCGGCUCAAGAUCUGAGGCAACUGGCAUAGCAAAGUCAGGUGCAAAAAUGGUGAUGGCUGUUUCUUGUGCAAAGGUACCUAAAGUCACUAUAAUUGUUGGUGGAAGUUUCGGUGCAGGAAACUAUGCAAUGUGUGGUCGUGCCUAUAGUCCCAAUUUCAUGUUCCUUUGGCCUAAUGCGAGAAUAUCUGUCAUGGGUGGUGCUCAGGCUGCUGGUGUACUUGCCCAAAUAGAGAAAGGCAAUAAGAAAAAGCAAGGAAUUCAGUGGGACAAGGAAGAAGAGGAAAAGUUCAAAACAAAAGUAGUGGAGGCUUAUGAGAAAGAAGGAAGUCCUUAUUACUCAACAGCGAGGCUUUGGGAUGAUGGAAUCAUUGAUCCAGCUGAUACAAGAAGAAUCAUUGGUCUAUGCAUCUCUGCUUCCUUGAACCGUGCCCCAGAAGAUACCAAAUAUGGUGUAUUUAGAAUGUGAUAUUGAAGCUUAUUUGUGCACUAAAAGUUGGUGCAGCCCAGAGUCUGAUGUAGAUUUGUUACGUUCUGUGAUUAAGAAAGGAAAGAAAAAAGUGAGGGUUGGGGGGUUGAAGGGCAAGACCAACAAUAUGUAAAAGGGAAUAAGUAAAAAGUAAAUUUCUUCCUCUC